GAGAUAGAGAUCCGCUGUCCCUCCCGCACACACGCACACACAUACUGACCCUGACACACACGCUGAAACUCUAACACACACUCUCUCUCUCACACACACUCACACACCCACGGAGAGCGGGACCGAGCGGAGCAGCGUGUCCGGAGAGGAGGACUGGUGACCGGUGAGUCUCUGAGCUUCAUCCCCCCGGAGCUCCAUCACCGAUCAGCUGUCAGCGUGUGUGUUUGUGUGUGUGUGCGUGCGUCAGUGGGUGUGAGUGUGUCUCCUUUACCCAAACUUUUACUUCGUUAUUGAUCUCAGAUUUUAUUCCCGUCAGCUGAUCGAUCGCUUCUCCAGCGGAUCAAUAAUCUGUAUAUGUGUGUGAGAGUGUGUGUGUUUAUGAGUGUAUGUGAAAUAAUUUGUGUGUGUGUGUGUGUGUGUGUGUUUGUUGACGUUGAUGCAGGAAACUGGAGAUGGAGAGGGACCACUCCCAGUAUGUGUGUGUGUGUGUGUGUGUGUGUGUGUGUGUGUGUCACAUACUUUUUCCUCGAACUUUAACAAACUUAUGAAGAAAUAAUGUCCUUUAGAAAUGAAUAAAUCAAUAAAAAGGUAUUUAAUGUUGACUUUACUUACGAACAAACUCAUCCAGUGGUCUCUGGUGUUUUAUUUUCAGUUUAUUACUCUUAUAUUUUAGUAUCAGUCCAGUGAUAUCGGUGUGUUUGUUCCUUUAUUUGGUCCACUGUUGUCUAAAGUUGAUAUUUGCUGGUUUAGUCGAGGGCUUGGUCAGAUAUCCUCCAAACUUCAGAUCAAAGUUAGGCUCUAUGUUUUGGUGUUUUAGUCCAGGUUUUGGCCUUGUACUGUUAAGUGUUUAUGUCCAUUCUUGUCUGGUUUUAUAACUUUGGUUUGGUCCAUUAUUCUCUGGUGUUUUAGUCAUUUUUAAGUCUACUUGUGUUGACUGAGGUUAGACCAUUAAUUGGCCAAUAUUUAGCGUUUAGCUGAUUAUCUGUCUCAGCAUUUAUUAGACAUAUUACCGGUAAAACCACUCAAGAGUGCACUCAUUCGGCCCUGCAGUUGGUGUGUCUUUUCCUUUCAGUCUGUUUCUACUCUUCUCCUGAGUGACAUGACUAAGUGUAAGUUCACAGGUUAACAGUUAACUCCUGUAUAAUGACAGUAAACGUUCUCAGCUUUGACAAAAAGUUGUUGGUUUUUACUGAAAAUAGAGAACUAUGAAUAAUCAGUACUGAUAAACUGUCCUGAAAAAAGAAAACAAUAUUAGUCAACCCCUAACUUUGAUAAUGGUUCAGUCCGUUAUUCUCGAGGGUUAAAUCUGUAACUUGGUUCAUAUUUUUCAGUGUAACGGCCAAAGUUUGGACUGUGAUUGUCUGGUGUCGAACUAGGGUGUGGUCCAUAACCCCAUGUUUAAGUCAUGGUUCGGUCCAUUAUUCUCAUGGCUUGGUCCAUUAUUCUCUGGUGUUUAAGCCAUGGUUCGGUCCAUAAUUCUCUGUUUUUAGACCAAGGUUGGGUUCUUUACCCCCUGAUGUUAAAGCCAUGGUUCGGUCCAUUAUUCUCCAGCCAUGCUCCGGACCAUUAUUGACAGGGUUAUAGCCCAUAUUUGGUCUGAUAUUUUUUGUGCUUUUAGCCAUGGUUUGAUCUGUUAUUCUCAGGUGUUUGAGCCAUGGUCUGGUCCAUUAUUCUUUGUCUGGUCCAUUAUUCUCUGUGUUUAGACCAUGGUUUGGUCUGUUAUUCUCUGGUGUCCGCCUAUUAUCUUCCAGCCAUGGUUUGACCCAUUAUCCCCUGGUGUUAAAACCAUAGUUCCGCCCAUUAUUCUCCAGCCAUGGUUUGACCCAUUAUUCUCUUGGGUUUAAGGCAUGGUUCGGCCCAUUAUUGACACGGUUAUAGCCCACAUUUUCUGUGCUUUUAGCCAUGGUUUGGUCCAUUUUCUUCUGGUGGUUUUUCCUUGGUUUUGUUCCAAACAUCAGUUCUGUUAAAGACCAAAACAUUUUCCAAUGACUUAAGUCCUGGUUUUGUUCUGUAUCCCUGAUAUUCAAGACUUUUAUGGAUCCAAUAUUCUGUUGGAAGUUAAGCCCAUGUUAUGACCAAUACUCAGAAGUUUAGGCUUGGUUUGGAUCAGUACUCACGGGUGCUUUGGCCCUGAUCGGAGAUCAUAUUCACUGGCAUCUAGACCAUGGAUUUUUCGAGUAUCUGUCCCGGUCCUGUCUACUAUCUUUUCAGGUCCCAUAUAUUCUUUAUUUAGCUCUAGUCUGAGCCCGUUUAGCUGCUGUUAGCCUUGAUUUAGAUUUUUUAGUUAAAAUGUUUUCUUUUCCAGUUUCUUUGAGAAAAAAAAACCCAGACCAACGCUGCCGUUCUGACAGAUGACAUCACUGACUGUAGGCAGUUGCACGCGCUCAGAUUUGAUUCAGAAACAUCCUCGUCAGCUCGCACAGUUUCAUAUUUCCCAGACCAAAACAGGAAGUCAGAGUGUGACAUACGUCAGAGAUUGCCCACUUGGUACUGAUGUGAAUCAUUCAGCUCUCACAGACUAUAGAUAUGUACACAUGACUCAGUUUGUCCCAGUUCUUCAGGUGUUUGAACCCAGUGGGGUCCAGUUUCUCUGUUGGUUUGACCCAAAGUGGUCCAGUUUCUUCACUGGUUUGACUCCAGUGUGGUCCAGUUCCUCUGCUGGAUUCAGGUUGUUUGUUGUAUUAUUCCUUUAACAAUGCUUCGUCAAAUAUUUCCAGUUUUCUAGCCGUGGUUUUGUUCCAAAAGUACCCUGUGGUCUGGUUCAUUAUUCUUGGUUCUUUCAGUUCCUGUUUUUUCAUGAUAGAUGUCCUGUUCUUGUUUUGUCGUUUUUCAAUUUUAAUUUCAAUAUAUUUUUUCUCAGUCCUGUUUUUUCCUGAUCUUCAGAUCAGUUUUGUUUUCACAGUAUUUGCACUACAGAUAAACCAUCAGACCUUUGGGCUAAUUUAUGGUACUUUAAACAAAUCAGUAUCAGACAUUCAGGCUCAUGAGGCCCAUCAAAAGUCUGUGACCAGCUGAGGUUAACCUGCUCUUAAAUGAUCUUUUUUCUGUCAGAUUAAAAUGAGUUUCUAGAUGACCACGUGCCUUCAUUUAUGAUGUCCAAUAAUAGAACAGAUCUAUUUUCAACCUAAGGAAAACCUCAACCUUUGUCAUUCCCAUGUUGACUCAUAUUUGACAUUUUGUUCUAUUUCAGUAGUUCAGUGAAAUAUUCGUCAAACGUUCAGCCGCGGUUUGGCCAAGUAUUCUUCAGUGUAGAGGUUCUGGUUUAUACGAACAUCCUUUAGUUGCCUGUUUUUAUUGAUUAACCUGAUUGUUGAACCGGCUCAGUGUGAUAUUUUGUGAUCUGGUCCUGUAUUAGUACACUGGUUUUUGGCAUUUAAACUAGAUUUUUGUCUGGUACUUUCUGGUGCUCUGAAUCUUGGUUAGUCCUUCAUUUCAUUUAGAGUUGUUCGGUUUGAUCCUCUCUGGUGUUUUUUUUGACUGAAAAAUCUGCAGGUAUCUGAUCCCUGAUCUGAGGGGACAUGAUAAGUUGAUUAUUGGACUGGGUCAGUUAUCUUUGGUGUUCUCUCUGGUGGUUCCAUACUGAUGAGUUUUUUGUAAUCCAAGUUUGGACAGCUGUUUCUGUCCUUUUGGUUCAAACUGCUGUGAUGUUUUCACUCAGAUGUAUUUGGUACUUUCAUGGUCCAAUAUUCUCUGAUGCUUUGGUCGUGUGAAACUCUUGCUUUCUUGUCCAAAAUUCUUGCAGGUUUUAGUCCUGGUAGGUAAUUCAUUGUAUAUUAGUCUCUGUUUUUGGCGUUGUUCAGUGCAAUAUUCUUCAUGGACAAUUUGGUCCUGUCACAAUGAAUAUUUAUCCCAGGUUAGGUUGGACUAUGGUGGUAAUUUUAGUCCAGAUUUGUUGGCUCAAGUGUUUUCUUAAACUCCGCUCUCUUACUUUGAGUUGGUUCCUUUCUUGUCUUGUGUGUCAGACCCACUGUGACCCAGCUGCUUUUAAGCUGCUGUUUUAACAGUGAGUUGGUGUUUGGACUCUUCCAAUAUUUUAGCUGGGGUUUAGACUUAAAUACCAGUUUUUUAAAACUGAAUUUCCUGACUUAUCGUCAAUAUUUGAUAAAAAAAUAAAAAUAGCUCAAGAAGUGCAUCUCAACACCACAAAAAUAGGAACUUUUACACAUUAAAAAGGAUCAGAGGAACUUUUUUGUAUAUUUUAUCCCCUUAAAACCAUCUUGAGAAUUUUUAUUUUCAAUAUUUUCACUGAAAGUAUUUCGAUAAGGGAACUUAUUUUCACUUUUUAUUCUGUAGAGAAGCAGCUAUUUCAGCUAUAUUUUGCCUUUCUUAAUGGAGAAGUCACCACAGAGGAUUUGCUCUCCUGCUCACCCUUAAGUAUACCACUGCUGGUUUUAUAGAAUGUUUUUGUUGGUUUAACUUCAUCAGAUGUUUUAGUUCUUGGUCUGUUCUUGUCCCUAAGUCGAGUCUAGGAGCUGCACUUUGAGUGUUUGGUCCUCACACAGCAGACACCCACCAGCUCAAAGUAAACCCGGGUUUGAGUGGCUCUAGAAGAUUUGACUCUCAGUCCGAUUUAUCGUCAGCCUUCAUCUCAUUAAAGUGUGUUCACAGUUUUUGUCUGUAUGCGAACUCACAUGAACUGCUGCUCAGACUGUGUCACUUUUUCUUCACACAUGCUGCUGCUGGACCAACAGAGUGGCGGACAAACCCUUCCUGUUUCGGUUUCAACACAGACCAGUUCCUCUUUGGCCGGCACCGUCUGACUGUUGGGGUGAGAGGGGGUUAGGAAAGGCUGUUGUUGACCAGAUAUCUAUUCAGCAUUUCCUUAUGUUGUAGCUUCGGUUUGGCCCAAAAAUCCUUCUGGACAUUUAAAAGCAUUAGACUUGAGUCUCUUUCUUCGUAUUUUUAGCCACAGUUUUUUAUCUGUUGGUGUUUCAGUCAGAGUUUAGUAAUUUCCCCGUGUAAUGGCCCCAGUUUGGCCGUGUGUUGAUAAGUGUUCACGUCCUAGUUAGGUAAAGUAUUUACUGGUGUGUGGCAAAAGUUUGGCCAAUCAUUUAUGGAUCUUUACUUGGGAAUUCGGCCCAUUUUUAACUGGAAUUUAAGCUCAGGCUAAGCCCAGUGUUAAAUUAUAUUAAGCCUAAAUUUAGUCCAGUAUUUACUGGUGUUAAGAAUUAGUCCAGUAGUCACUGGUGUUUAGUUUGGGUUUAGUCCAGUAUUUACUAGUGUUUAGCCCAGGUUUAGUCCAAUAUUCACUGGUGUGUAGUUUAGGUUUAGUCCAGUAGUUACUGGUGUUUAGGUUUAGUCCAGUAUUCACUGGUAUUUAGUUUAGGUUUAGUCCAAUAUUCACUGGUGUGUAGUUUAGGUUUAGUCCAGUAGUUACUGGUGUUUAGGUUUAGUCCAGUAUUCACUGGUAUUUAGUUUAGGUGUAGUCCAAUAUUCACUAGUGUUUAGCCCAGGUUUAGUCCAGCAUUUACUGGUGUUAAGGUUUAGUCCAGUAUUUACUGGUGUUUAGUUUAGGUUUAGUCCAGUAUUCACUGGCGUUUAGAUUGGGUUUAGUCCAGUAUUCACUGGCGUUUAGAUUGGGUUUAGUCCAAUAUUCACUGGCUUUUAGUUUAGGUUUAGUCCAGUAUUCACUGGUAUUUAGUUUAGGUGUAGUCCAAUAUUCACUAGUGUUUAGCCCAGGUUUAGUCCAGUAUUUACUGCUGUUUAGGUUUAGUCCAAUAUUUACUGGUGUUUAGUUUGGGUUUAGUCCUAGUAUUUACUGGUGUUUAGGUUUAGUCCAGUUUUCACUGGUGUUUAGUUAGGUUCAGUAUAGUAUUCCCUGGCGUUUAGUUUAGGUUUAGUCCAAUAUUCACUGGUGUUUAGUUUAGGUUUAGUCCAGUAUUCACUGGUGUUUAGUUUAGGUUUAGCCCAGUAUUUACUGGUGUUUAACCCACGUUUUGUCCAGUGUUCCCUGGUGUUUAGUUUAGGUUUAGUCCAGUAUUCACUGGUGUUUAGUUUGGGUUUAGUCCUAGUAUUUACUGGUGUUUAGGUUUAGGGUUUAGUCCAAUAUUCACUUGCGUUUAGUUUAGGUUUAGUCCAGUAUUUACUGGCAUUUAGUUUAGGUUUAGUCCAGUAUUUACUGGCGUUUAGUUUAGGUUUAGUCCAGUAUUUACUGGUGUUCAGGUUUAGUCCAGUAUUUACUGGCGUUUAGUUUAGGUUUAGUCCAGUAUUUACUGGUGUGUAAGCCUUGGUCUUUGACAGUAUUUCCUGGUACUUAAAGUUUACGUUGGCUAUGUAAUUAUCUUAGUAUUUGGUCCAAGUUUAGUCCCCCUUUAUCCUCUGGUGAUCAGUCCUCUCUUGAACCCAAGUUUUUGUUUUUAUGAAGUCUUAGUUUUAUCCAUAAAUUUAGUGUUUCUUUAAGUUGAGGUCUGGUGCCUUAUUUUCCACUGUUUUGGUUCUGAUCUGGUCCAUUAUCAGGGGUUUUAGCCGCAUUUUGCCCAGUAAUUUUCUAAUAAAUGAUUCUGUCGAGGCUUUAGUUGAAUUAUAUAAUGAAAAAAAAUGAGCCAUAGUUAGAUUUUUUUUUACCGUCACAGUCUUCUCAUUUGGCGGGGCAGGUGUCUCCUCUCUCAGAGUAUUUUUGAAGAGACCACACCGCCUUUAGAUUAUCCCGGAAACCUCUCCAAACCAAUUUUUAGAGUUUUCUUCCCGUCAAAGCGUCAGCUGUGCGGUGACUCGGUUCCUCUGUUGCUAAUGAGAUUCCUCCUAAAACAGCAAAUUUCAGUGAAGAUACAGAAAAAGAACACAGCUGACAUGACGAAACUAAAGAUUCACAAGUUCCUGAAACAGACCACUGACACCAGGACGGGGACCACGGGGAGUCUGACUGAUUCAGUAUUUCUGACAGAUAUAAAGAUAGAUAGAAAGAUAGAUAGAUAGGUAGGUAGGUAGGUAGGUAGGUAGGUAGAUAGAUAGAUAGAUAGAUAGAUAGAUAGAUAGAUAGAUAGAUAGAUAGAUAGAUAGAUAGAUAGAUAGAUAGAUAGAUAGAUAGAUAGAUAGAUAGAUAGAUAGAUAGAUAGAUAGAUAGAUAGAUAGAUAGAUAGAUAGAUAGAUAGAUAGAUUUAGGAGUAAAUAGAUAUAGAUAUAUAUACUCAUCUAUGCUGUCCGUCUCACGGAGCAAGUGGAUUUUACAGUCUGUGAGAUUUAUCGUUCGAUAUUUACAAUAAAUUUUGUGACAUUGAAAAACACAACAGUAUUGACGAUGAUUACUGAGCUCUGAAUAUCAGACUUUAUCAUUUCAUACAGAGUCUCAGUCUUGUACUCGGUCGUCGUGGUUUUUCUAACCAGGACAGAAGCUGAAAAACUGGUCUGUUCUGACCUUUUCUUCACCACACCGUUUACAUGUUUAUUUCAUUUUUUCAUGUGCACUUCUACAUCCUUUUACUACCAGGGAUGCUGACUCUGAGCUGAUAACAUGGGUGGCUUGUCUCCCCUUUAGAGCGGAGAAUGAAAAGUCCAAGAUUUCCAAAAAGAAUCAGAUCCUGAUUGGUCGAACCACUUCAUGAUAGAAAAACACCCUGAUGGCUCACAGAGAGAAGGGAACUACUGCGGUUAUUUUGGAUCAUAUGUCCUCCUGACUGAGCCUCUUUUCUCCCUGUGGUGACUCAUGUUCAUAUUUCCAUCCUCUAACUUAUAUUUAACAGUUUAUGCUGAUGAUUUACGGACACUGAAAUAAUACCGUGUUUGUUUCUCACCAAGAGGAAGAUCGUUUUCACACACUAAAUGUGUGUUUGCUGCAGGUCACCGAGCUCCAUUCCUCUUCCUCUUCCUCUUUUUUUAACAACCUUCUUUUUCUUUCUUCCCACCGUCACUCUGUUUUACACUCACUGCCCUCUCUGGACACCUGGAUCAGAGAGGAUCAGUUUCUCAGAGUUCCUGAAUGUAUUUGGAGUUAAAUCUUAGCGCAGAUAGAGAACGUUUCUGACUGUCUGUAUGAAGGUUCGAGCUUUUGGGUGGCUGCCAUCUUUUGGACCAGACCUGACCAUAUUUGGACAAAAGGGUGGAGCAAACGGUCAGCUAUCUAAGAUACACAGUCUGUGCCUGUGGCUAAGUCAUUAGCAGCUAAUGGGAUAGCUAACCGUGGUGUUUCCCACAGAUGGAGAUCGUGUUUCUUGCGGUAGCUGACCUGAGUUCUGUAUUUAUCGCACUAAAGAAGCUGAGAGGGUUUAAGAGCUUAAGAGUUGAUGUGGUUUUCUAAGAGUACUCAGCAGAUAACUCACAGAAACAGUCUCAUACUCACUACAGCCAAACUAUCCAUGAAGUGCAAAGAAAGUACGAUUAUUUGUCCAAUAUUUAGAAUAAAUAACCUCCAACAACACAAUCACAGGAGAGGUCAAGACCAGAGACCCAAUCAGCUGUCAGCUCCCACCUGUCACUCAAAAAGGCCACGCCCCAGAGUACAAAGACUCUGAUGAUCCUCGUACCAUCAGGGAUACUGAGAGAGGAGGACCUGUUUGGUUGAUCCUCUAAAGUUUUAACAUGGCGCUCUAUGGGGACUGACUCACUGUAGGAGACAGCCCCUGGUGGACACUUUAGGACCUGCAGUUUUUGGCACUUCCACUGACAGUCAGUACGUUUACAUGACACUCAAAAAACCAAAUUAUUGCCUUACUCCGAUUAAGACCGGACAACUGAAGAGCAUGAAAACACCUUAGUCUGACUAUAAUCGAACUCCGAUUGGAGUCGUAGAAGUCUGAUUAAGACACCGAGGUAAUGCGAUUGGAAUUCGAUUUUCUGUACCAUGUAAUCAGCGUAGUAGGAGUAUGAUCGGACAAUGCGUGUACACGUGCGCCACACCCUCGUAACCCCAGAGAAGAGGUGGUGCUAUCAUUUAAAGAACUUUCGACUCUGAAGUAACAACAUAACAUGGCUGAAACACGAAAGAACGUCCACUUUUGGAGUGACGAGGAGAGUGUCGUUAUGCUUUCUCUCCUGAAAGAAAUGGACAUUUUAAAGUAUAUGGACGGUCGGAAAACAAGGAACGGAGACAUCUUUAAAAAAGGUGCGGAAACAGCGCCACUGAAAAGACCCAUAUCGCCCCCUAGUUUUUGGGAGGACACUUUUACGUCAAUAAUUCGAUUUUCUAAGCUGCAUGUAAACGUGGACAAGUAGAGAAGUCUGAUUCAGCGAAAAAAAAAAAAGAAUUUUGAGCUUAGUCCGAUUAAGGUGUGCAUGUAACGCACUGACUGAUACUGGAGGUUUUUGUCACAUGUCACAGCGACCUCUGGUGGUAAAGAGAGGAGCUGCAGCUGAACAUUGAGAUCCGCUGUCACUCAGAGAUGCUUUUAAAGAAUCAGAGGAAACACCGUCACUGAGUUUAAUGAACAGGGUUACAGUUUAUUUCAACAGAAACCACAAUGACUUUCUGUCUGCUGAAAACUUCCCUUCCUAUAAGUACAGCUGCGUUACAAAAGGACGUCUUACAACACCUUUAACGUUUCUCUUUAGGCCCAAACAUGGAUCUAUCUGUCACUGAUAGUGGAGAACAAAUACAGAGUUUCCUCCUGUCUCUACUGGAUAAAAAGUUUUCAGAGUAAAACCAUCGAAAUAUUGAUGUGGUUCACAACUUUCUGCACAACAUCAGAGCAAAGAGAGAGAGAGAGAGAAGGAGAAGAACGAGUCGUAGAAAAGUGAGAAGCUGUGAGAUCAGAGGUGAAGCUUCCAGCAGGGGUGAGAUCAGCCGACCUCCGCCCAGAGAGAGAGAGAGAGAGAGAGAGAGAGAGAGAGAGAGAGAGAGAGAGAGAGGGGAGGGUGGGGUCAACGUCCCCAGAGUCUGGGCUGAGACUCUUUCUGACAUCUGGAGGGAGUCGGGUUUGAUUGUUCACAGUUGCUGAUCAUUUUCUGUCUUUGUGUUAAACCCUUUCUUUUCUUUGUUUCUGAUUUUCAAGUUUUCUGACACACAAACUCUGUGUGUCUACUACCACAAAUACAACCUGCCCAGGCAAUGAAAGGCAAAACAGGCAAUAAAGUAUUAUAAAAAAAUAACCAAUCUCCUCUGAAUGAUCUGACAUGAUACAGAGGAGUUUCUGCAGAGAGUGCUUCUGUCUGAAGAAGACGAGGAGCUCCCUGUCAGCAGUCUGCGGGUCAGACCUGAUAUCGCCUGGUCUGCUCUCUUUCUGUGACAGAUAUAAACAUAUAAGCCUUUAUUAUUAUCAUGCUAAAGGACUUCACAAUCAUCGCUAUUUGUAGAGACUGUAGACGUGUAACAGAGGUGGAGUGCAACUACCUUUUUAAUCUCAGUUUCACUAACCAGACCACAGUGCAGACGACAGCUGAGGUGGACAAGAGGAGGACUUAUAACUACUACUAUUAAAAAAAACACACACAUACAUGAGGUAAAGCGCAUUUUUUCAAACCUUUAAAUGAAAUGAAAAGUUUAGAGAUGAAUAAACUGUCCCGAGUGUCAGAUGGAGUUCCAGGUCAUCUUAUUUCUCCUCGAAAGAUGACGAUUUCAUCAGGUCAGACCAAAUUAAAGGAAUACUCUACAAACAGAGAAAAGAGUAACAAACAGAAAUUAGAGCAGCUACAAACUAGAGAUGUCCCAAUCGCAUAUUGAUAUUGGAUGACGACCCAAAAUCAAUAAAAAUAAGGAAUAUGGGAUUAUAUCAGCCUGCAUCUAAAAUCUCUGAUAUCAACACUCCGAUAAAAGCAGUCCAUUCCAGCACCCGGAUCCAGCAUGCAGAGCCCACAUGAUCACAACAACAGUGUGUACUAAGGUACUAACAAAGUACUAAGGAGUAGGAGCAAGGUCGACCUCGUGGCAGUAUUUUUCGUUAGAGACCGAAAGUUUGUGCAAAUAUCGGAUCAAUAUCGGAAUCGGCCAAUACUGAAGGCUACAAUAUCGGUAGCCUUUCAGCAGUAAAGAAGUUGUAUCGGACACUCCUUAGACAAACACAAUCUAAGCUGUUAGCAGCACUGACUGGGCCCUCGCACCUUUGGGCAUGAUCGAGCGUGAUGCACAACAUCUUUACACCAGGACAUUAGCGAAAACAUAAAUGUUAAAAAGCUAGCACCAUCGUGAAACCUGUGAAGUUCGGAGCAGAUCAGAUAUUUUGUGUUUAAGUUAGUACCAUGUAUCCUCAAAGGGGGGCGCUAUAACUGUAGUUGAAAAAUAACACAUACAGUAGAUGUGUUCAGGGUUGGACCAUGAACUCCAUGAACUCUGUUUGAAGUAGUUGGAUUACCUGACCUUGAAAAGAUGGAUAAAAAUUCAGAGUAAAAAAUCCUUUAAGAACGACCAGGAAAAUAGGACCAAAGAGCCUCAAACCGGAGGAACGAACAUGUAAAAAAUAAAAGAAUAAAAAAAUAAAGCUCACAGUUUAUCGAACAAUGAGACGAUAAGGAAAAAUGAGACCGAAAGUGGAACCGAGACUGCGUCUGUCACGUAGAUGUAAAUAAAGUUUUAUGUGGGAGGACCCCUCAUUACACACACUGCUCUCAUUCAAGUGUGUGUGUGUUUGAAUCAGUGUGUGUGUGUGUGUGUGUGUGUGUGUGUGUGUGUGUGUGUGUGUGUAGGAUAACAUCUCUGUUUUGUUUGGAGACCGUUUCUGCAGAGAUCAUUUCCAUAAACACAAAUACUGACAGAGGACUCCCUCCUCCUCCUCUUCCUCCCCCUGCAGGCAGACGAUGGGACGUCAUGUGUCUCUGAACAAACUGUGUUAACUGAAGGAAACUGAAGCAUCUCUGACGACCUCGUUAGGAGGAGGACUCGUUAGCCAAUCAGAAUCACCGGAGGUAAGCUCAGAGCCGUAGAAAGAGUAAAGACCUGAAAAUUUCCCUUAGACUCUGUAGAUGUUGGAUCUGAGUAGCAGGAUAUCCUGAUCCAGAUUUGGACCUUUUUUUUGGUCGAUUUUGGGACAUUUUUAUUGGUCAGGACAGCUGAGGAGGGACGGAGGACGGCAGUUGAACCAGCAACUGCUGCAACCAGAACUAAAGCUGAUGUAACACUGUUGUUGUUGUUGUUGUCAUCAGCCCAGUCAUUUCCAUCAGCUGUUGAAUCCCGAGUAUGAUCCCUGUUAGGGUGACCAUAUUCUGACUUCCCAAAAAGAGGACGCGACUACGCAGGGGUGGAAUCUCGCAGUCACACAAAGCUAAUUUUGAAAGUUUUUUAGGUCGGAUCAAGUGUCUUUUACGCGCCUCUAAUGGUGCGUUUGAGUUACCUCAAGUCAGAAGUCCGAGCUGAUAAUGACAUCACACCCGAGUUUCCAGCGUUUCAGUUACCAAGUCGGAAAAAAGCAAAAUCGGAGGCGGAAACAAGAUGGCUACAUGUACGAAAGUUAUUGUAGUGCUUGCCUUGUCUGAAUAUAAGGCAAGCGCUAAAGUAACUUCGUUUUUUUCCGCUUCCGAUUUUGCUUUUUUGUGAUUUGGUAACUGAAUGCUGGUAACUCGGGUGUGACGUCAUUCCCAUUUCCAAAGUCUGACUUCUGAGGUAACUCGAACGCAGCGUAACUCAGUAAAUCCACGUGACACAAAAUUGAAACUUACAUACACAACCGCGGACAUUUGAAGAAUUUUAUAAACUUCCACCGACAGGCUGGGCAGCCCCCCAAAAAGAGAGGACAUGUCCGGGUAAAAGAGGACGUAUGGUCACCCUAAUCCCUGGAGAGCCCCAGCAACAUUUUCAGACAUGUUUUUAAUUCUAUUCCUGUCUCUAUUUUGUUGUUAUAGUUCAAAUUCUUUUACUUUUACUUGAUUUUUUGUUUCAAUUUUAAGUCAAAACGGCAAACCAGUCAAAGACUCUGGCACCACAGAGUGAGAUUUCUGUCAAAAGAAAAAAGGAAGAGGAUUUUUAAAACCAGAAACAGCUCAAACAUCUCUACAAACACUGAGAAAAACAGGAAGUUAACCUGCCAGGUGCUGCUGUUAACUUCUCUUAAUCUGUGUGUUUCAGGUUGCCGCAGGCUCAGAGGUCAGAGGUCAUCAUGCAGAGUAUAAAGUGUGUGGUUGUGGGUGACGGUGCGGUGGGGAAGACCUGCCUCCUCAUCUCCUACACCACCGGAGCUUUCCCCAAAGAGUACAUCCCCACGGUGUUCGACAACUACAGCAGCCAGGUCUGUUCUGCUCUUGUUGGUCCGGUCUAAUGCGACCACACAGUCAUCGCUCAUGCGGUGUUGUAUCUUAUCGUAGCUUAUGGUGUCACCUGACCACGCCCGUGUGUUUACCUCUGUGUGAUGUGUUCAGGUGACGGUGGACAACAGGACCAUCAGUCUGAACCUGUGGGACACGGCGGGUCAGGAGGAGUACGACCGGCUGAGGACGCUGUCGUACCCGCAGACCAACGUCUUCAUCAUCUGUUUCUCUAUCUCAAGCCCCGCCUCCUACGAGAACGUCAAACACAAGUGGCACCCAGAGGUCAGAGGUCAAACAUUAGUUUGAUUGAAGUUUUAAUGGUUCUCUUACUAAAGUUAUUAUCAGGAUGUGCAUACCUGGUGCAGCCCAGUGCAGAGGAAGAACCGGUCCAGACAGUCUAGACCAUAGACUGUAUAUACUAUGGACAACUUGGUUCUGCCUUCCGCCAGUAUAUGGAUUUGAAGCCAAAUUGCUGUCAGUAUUUCUGUGUUUUUUCAACACUUCCGUAAAUCACCACUUGUGCAGUAGCGUUAUGCGCAUUCGGUGAGAGAGUCGCUGCGAUGAUGCAAUCUUGGUAUGCUCAUAGGCUGUAUCAAGUGUCAAUCAUAGAAAACAUGAACCCCCUAAUAACUUUUAAAAAUGCACAAACCAGUCCUACAAUAACUACAUGUCAACAUCUCAACUAGGGGGGAAAAAAAUUAUAUUCUGUGUAAUAAUAAAUUUUUCCACAGCUCCAUAGGGAUUGCUGGAGGAGGUGGGCUUUAUGACCCAUACUGCAACCCGUCACCAGAGGGUGCUGUUUUCACGGUGGCUUUACCCAGAGGCACAUGGCGUCCAUUCCAUAUACAGUCUAUGGUCUGGACCGGUAUGAAAUAGGAAGGAGCUAGGGUUGGACAUUAAGUCUCAAGAAAUGAGCAGUCGGAAUCGGAAUCGGAAUUGGAAUCGUUCAAAAUACCCGACCCUAGGAGCAAAUGCUGUUGCAUUAACAAGGGAUCCCUGAGCGUCAGUUAUGAUUGAAAUGAACUCAGACAUGUUGGACAUGCACUCCUGCAUAUUCCUUCAUGUGUGAAAGUCUUACCUUUCCACAUAAACGCUUUUUGACUCGUGCCUGCCUCGUCUCCUCCUCAGGUGUCUCAUCACUGUCCCGGCGUUCCCAUCCUGCUGGUCGGUACAAAGAGUGACCUCCGGAACGACAGCGACACCCAGAGGAAGCUGAAGGAGCAGAACCAGACGCCCGUCACCCACCACCAGGGCACCGCCCUUGCACGCCAGAUCCACGCCAUUCGCUACCUCGAGUGCUCUGCCCUCAACCAGGAAGGCAUCAAAGACGUGUUCACCGAGGCCGUGAGGGCCUUCCUCAACCCGCAGCCCACCGUCACCAAGAAGCCCUGCGUCCUGCUGUAGGACCAUACCAAACCGGAUCAAACCAGGUUAAACCGGGGUUGGUCAUGUGGCUGCACUGUCUGAGAGACUUUUUGGAAAUGUGUAAAAAAUUAGAUUUUAAAUGUUCAGUUAAAGUUUUACGGUUGAUGAGAUUAAAAAAGGUCUUUUAGGACUUGACAGGAGAAGGAGUAUCCUCCACAUCUCGAAGCAUUUCAGGAGUUCAGUGGACCCGUUAAAGUCUCACUGCCGGGUCGUGUGUGUUUUUCCUGUUCUUUAAACUGAGUACUCGUCCGAUACCCCAGAACCAAACAUCUCUGGUUCUGGUUCGAGUUUGACCCUCCAUCAAUGUGUCUGGAUGAACUUUCCUGCAGCUUCUAGUCACUUGAGGUUGAACAAGUCUCAGUUUCACUGUAACAAAAAAGUCACACUAAAAUCUGUCUUCAGAGCCAAGAAGCCAAAACCAACAGGUCUGACUCUAAAAAGGACGCUGAAAUAACUGCGCUGGAUGUCAAUUGGUAAAAAGUCUAAAUUCAGGAUUUUUCAGGUCUGUUUAAAAGGCAAAAAAGAAAACAACCCCUAAAAUGUAAAUUCUUAAAUUGAGUUUGGUUUGAUCAUUUCUAAUUUAUUUGAAUUUGCUUUUGACUUUGUGAAAAACUGCAGCUCUUCAUGAAUUUGUUUCCCUUUUUAAUUGAGAACCUCUGAAGUACAGCAGCGAACAAAAGCCUUCAAAUUCGAUUUAUCAACAUAACUCUAACACUGACUGUUUUUAAAAACCUCAGAUCGAUGUAAGACAGGGAGACGAAAUUUGCACCAAAAAAAAAAAAUACAAACAAAAAAACAAACUUAAACACAGUUUUAGGUUCAGUUAGACUUUUUCUACCUAAAAAUAUCACAACAUCUGAUGUACCUUCAAAAUAAAAGCCAAUGAAUCCCUUUGCAGCAGGGUCCAAAAUUAACACCUACAAAAUGCAGUUAAAUUAACCUGUUAAUGAAACUGAGAAUGAACUCCAAUAAAGUUUACAUCCACAUUAAUUAGUUUGAUUUAUGGUAAGUUCAGGUCAGAUUUGUUGGAUCAAUAGUUUUCAGCUUACACUCAUUAAAAAACAAUAAAAAAGAUUUAAAAAAAGCUGAAAUACUUAAAAAAUAAUCAGAUUUUAAAAUGAACAAACAGUAAAAUGAUGCUGUUACAUCAAAUUAAUCUGAAUAUAGUUAUAUUUUGGCUUUCCUGGAAACUCAUAGGAAAUAAACAGCUCAGAAAACUUAACAAAUCUGUUCUUUAAGUAAGAGUUUUAUCCUGAGAGAUUCACAUUUUCUGUUUUUAUUGAGACUUCCUGAAUGUUGACUCAUUUUAGCCCCAUAAAAACUAAGUUAGCAUCUUCUGUUAGCAGAAAUGUGAAUGUAGGAAGUCCACCUUUCUAAUUUUUUACAAAAUUGAAUUUACUUUUCAACAUAAAUGUGAUUUUCUUGAUGAUUUUGUUUUUAAUUUACUGUAUUUUUAUUUAAAUAUGAAAAAUUAAAAUGUUUUACAAAGUAUGAA